CCGGAAGUAAAAACAAAUGUGACGUUUCUUGUGGAUCUUCACGAAGAUGACACGGCCCAAACCAGAGGAUGACGAGUACUGGACCAGAUCAAAAUUAAAAGCUUUCACAUUUGAUGAUGAAGACAAUACGUUUUCACAACUAAAAGAGUCCAAACGGGCUGUGAACAGCAUUUUUGGUGAAGAUGAUGAGGAUGAUGACGAAGAUGAUGUUGAGAGAGUAAACUGGAGUGGAGAACCUGUGGGAAGCAUCUCUUGGUCAGUCAAAGAGACUGCAUCCAGUGUCCAUUCAGGGAGUGAACAGGGCUUCCCCAAAAUAGAUACAACCCCUUCACUUCCCAAACGGGGAUCUGGAUACUCGCUGAGCUCUCUGUUUAAAGCAAGAAGUAAAUCUAGUGGUUUUCAGUCCUUCUCAGUGUCUUUUAGUGACACGUCUAUAAGAACAUAUGCACCAGAGCUGCGAAAGCCCAAGUCUGAUGCAAAGGAUUUUGUCAGUGACCUGAAUCCUGAGGAAACUGUGAGGAGAAUGAAGAAAGGAGGGGGGUACUCGCUGGAAAAGUUUCGCUCUCUACAGGACAAACUUUUGCUUCUGGAUGAAGCAGUUGCUCUUUAUGAUGGCAAUGUCAUCACUGCUGUCUUGAUAUACUUAAAAAAGUCCUUAAAUAAAGAAAUCCUCUGGAGGGAGUUAAUGUCAAGAGAUGUAGCGCUGCGUCACUAUCUUCACUAUUUAAAAGAGAUUGGAGAACAGAAGCUUCUAGUUGAGUUACUAAGGGCUCUUGGCAGGACAGAAGAUAUGGCGUUAAUUCAGUACAAGGAACACUUAAAUAUUAAGGAUGAAGGCAAAAGAAAAGAUUUCCUCAAAAGUUGCAUCAGCCUUCCAUUCUCUCAAUAUGAUGCCACUCAUGUUCAAGACCACUAUACACUCCUCGAGAGGCAAAUCAUCAUAGAGGCAAGUGACAAGAAUGCUGAUGGUGAAAUUUUUAAAAGGUUCCCUAGAAAAGCAUCGAUCUUAAAUAUGCCAAUCAUCACCACACUUUACUACUCCUGCUUCUACCAUUAUGGAGAGUCUGAGGGAACUUACAGCAGCCCAGCGAACAUUCGAAAAACCUUUAGGAUCUCAGAAAAGCAGUACAUACUAACAGCAUUGGGCGCAAGAGCGAAAUUAAAAUUAUGGUUUGAUGUGGAUAGUUUGUUCAACACCAAAAACUGGCUUGGCUACACCAAGAAAAAAUCCCCCAUUGGCUUUCACAGAGUGGUGGACAUCCUACAGAAGAACAAUGCACCUAUAUCGGUCCUGCAGGAGUAUGUGAACCUCAUCGAUGAUCCAGAGCUCAAGCUCAGUAUGGCUCUAAAAUAUAAAUGCCAUGACAUCGUCAUCAAUACAUACAGGGACAUGAAGGACCGACAGCAGCUUGCUGCGUAUGGAGGAAAGCUGGAGCGAGACUCUCCUGAGUACAGGAAGAUUCAACACAUUCUCAAUAAUGGGCAAAUGAGAUGGAAAAACUGACAUGGACGCUGACACAAAGCAGCAGUAUGCUUUUAUAAACAACUUUCAUAGACAUUAUUACACAAAACCAUAUUCAGCUGCUUACUAUGGAGUCUUAACGUUAAGGCUUGACAACCAGGACUGAGAGACCUUCAGCUUUUUCAGUUCAACAUCUCCAAGGCAUCAACACCUGUAUAUUUUGCAAAUGUAUCAAGUGUCCUCAGAAUGAAUGUGAAUCUGGCAAGUGUCCUUUUGCCAAGUGUACAGGUGAAUACUGUUUGAACAUUUACAAAGAAACACGUCCAUUGUUGUCGACGUGCAACAUACUACAUGCAUUUUGGACUUCCAUGGUUGUGACGUGUAACACAUUCAUCAUUUCUCAACACCUCACACCUUUUCGUUUGAUCAUGUUUUAAUGUAAAAACAUUCCUUAUCCACUGCUUUUAUAAAAAAUCUAAAACAAUUGUUUUCAGACUUUCUCACAUGUGUGACUGAAAUGAUGUGGUUUUGUUGUUUCUUUUAAAGAUUUUCAUAGAGAUUGCCGGUUGACCACAAUGUCUGGUCUGGAAAUUCCCUCUUUAUCACUUUAGGGGACUUUUAAUACCUCUAAUAUAUUUGUUGAGAAAACCAUAAGAGCCAGAAGUUAAAAGGUGUUUUUUCAUCAGCAUGGUUCAAAUGUACCUAUGGUUCCUAUAAACAAUCUGAUAUUUCCUGAAUAAAUAACCAAACAUAUUUACAAAUUA